UGAGCGUGUCACGUCUCACAGUGAGCCCGACUAGUCCGAUACGGUUGAUUGUUCCAGCAUUGCCAAUGGAAGGCGGCCAAAUCAAGCGGGGAUCAAUGCCAUACCCAUCCGCUUCACUAUUUAAUCCUUGGCUCCGGCCCACGACAACCCCAGAACUUUUACAAUGCCUUCACAUCAACGCGGCGAGCAUGAGAAACAUCUUAGCGAGGAGGUCGAGGAGACCCACACAGCCACGGAUGUCGUCACUGAGAUGUCGGCGAACGAGUUGCUGCAAGCCUACAACGCAGCUGUCAGUGAGCACCAGCUGUCUAUACGCAGGUCGGCCCGGAUCGGCGUCAAGGCGAUCGCUUGGAUGUCUGUCAUCGGAUUAGUCUCUAUAGUUGACCGAUUGAACGAAACUCUACUUUUUGGAUUCCAAGCUCUUCCUUCCUUCCAGAAAGAGUUCGGAGCUGUUGUCACGCAAACGAAUACAACGCUCAAGUGGACCUUAACAGCCAAACAGCAAGAGCUGCUGAAUGUUCUUCCCGGGGUCGCGCAUAUUCUUGGACUCGCAAUCUACGGGUAUCUGGUUGACAGGCUUGGAACACUCGUGCUCGUUGUAUUUGCCGUCUUUCUGGCGUUCUUUGCUCACAACUUUGCCAUGGUCCUGGCGGGAACCACACUCAAUAAUGCCAUUCUGGCGUUUGUAUCGGCAAUUGCUCCCGCAUGGUGUCUCGAGCUCUCUCCGCUAGCUCUCCGGCCCUACGCCCUUAUUUACAUGCAAUUUGUUCAAAAUAUUGCGCAACUCAUUGCUUCUGUGAUGUGUCAGUCGUACGCCAACUCUACUUCUCGGUGGGCAUGGAGAAUCCCUUAUGCUAUUCAGUGGGGAUUUCCGAUUCCUGUCAUUAUUGCGACAUGGUUCGCUCCGGAAUCACCGUGGUGGCUCGUCAGACACGGUCAGAACGAGGCUGCUUUAAGGUCUUUGGCCCGUCUGCAUAACGGGGAAAACGAUGACGACCAAAUGCUGGCCCUCAUACAAUAUACUGUUGUUUUGGAGCGUGCCUUGGCCGUGGGUGGCACAUAUGGGGAUGUGUUCAAAGGAGUCAAUUUGAGGCGCACGGAAGUCGCGUUCAUGUCCAGUUUGGGGCAAAAUCUGGCUGGCUUUGCCCUAGCUGGGGGCACUUACUUCUUCGAAGCCGCUGGUCUCAGCGCCUCGAACGCCUUUUCAUUGUCUUGUGGAUCAUCGGGAUUGUCGAUGGUGGCCACCAUCUUAGCAGCCGUCGUGAUCAAAAAGAUGGGCAGGCGCGGUCUCUGGCUGGGAGGCACAGCCGCUAUGUGUAUCAUUUUGGCCGUCAUGGGAUCUUUAGCAUUGGCACGCAAGCAAACACCAGCUGUCGUAUGGCCACAGGGUGUUUGCGCAAUUCUCUUCAAUUUCUUUGACCUUCUCUCGUUGGGAGCACUGGCCUCGAUCCUCACCGCCGAGAUUGGCGCCGUCAACUUGCGCCGAAAAACGCAAGCAGUAGGCCUGAUCGGAUACGACGUGUCAGCAUUGGUCUCCGGUGCCAUCUCGCCCUAUCUCGUUAAUCCAGACAAGGCUAACCUCAAAGGCAAGGCAGCGUGGAUACCUUGCUUCAUCAAUAUACUCCUAUUCAUCUAUGGGUAUUUCCGUAUUCCCGAAAUCCAGGGCCGAAACUCCGAAGAAUUGGACAUCCUCUUCGAGCGUCGAGUACCAGCUCGCCAAUUCAAACGAUACAAAAUCGACCGAGAGGAAGAAUUUGGAUUGAGGGGUUUGAAAGAUACAGGAUGCCUAGAGCCUGCCAAUGUCGAGCCUGUAGCGACUCUGGUCUGAAAUAUAUACAACAAAGUGGGCCGCAAACGGUUGACGAUACCUUUUUCCAGAUCGAUGAGCCCCACCAGGAAAUGAAAACCUCGUUUGGCCAUUCGUUGCCUCCCCACGUUGACGACAUCAGGGCACAAAACUGUACCGUUGUCUUUCAAUAGCGCGUCAGUCCAAUCUGUUCGAUAUAAAAGAUGAUGCCACGGUACGAUGUGAUGCUGGUCGCGCGAGAUCCCUC